UCCGAAUCCUAUUAGAUGCAUUUAUUGGCCCUUAAAUUUUGCAUAUCUCUUGUUCCAAAGUGUGAAUGGCUAAACAGAGAUAAGGUACAAUCAGUAAUCGCUUGGGUUUCAUUAUCAAAUGUCAAUUAUGCCAUUAAUGGAACUAUUAAGCAACAACUACCCCAGGCCUCUUUUGGUAUUCUGAAGAUAAACAACACUUGCACCCUAGAGCCAAGGAAGGUUUACACUUUGGUUUGGUGUUUUAAAGAGGUGUUCAUGGCUGCAUUUCCGAUAUGUUACAAAACGCGCUACAGGGACCAAAAUCUAUCAACCCAAAGCGUAAUUAGACAGAGUGACAAGAGAUUUAUGCUUGACUCGGAUAAUAUGCUAAGGUCCUUCCCUUCAAAUAUCCUUACAAAAUCAAACACACAAGAAAGGAAUGCACCUAGGUGCAUAGUUCUUGGCAGAGAUUCUUUGCAUAAGACCACGACAAAAGCUCGUAGUCAAGACAGUAACUUAAGCUUCUUUCAGGGAUGCCAUUCAAAGAAAAAAAAACUUUCCACAGUUUGGUGUUCAGGAGAGUCUAGCUCUAUUGAGAAGCAACUAAGAUCAUUAGAUUGCUAUUUUGGAAAGCUUCAAGAUAAUGCAAAGUUAAGAACUUUUGAUACAUCAAACAAGGUGAUGCAGCUGGCGCUUCACAGAUUCAGAUCAAGAAAUGAACUGGAGUCUCUUGAUGAGUAUCUUGGAAAACUAAAUAAUGCAGGAAUAAAUCAAGAGUCUCUUGUGCCAUUUUAUGUUGAGAAUCGCUGUGAAGAAAAUUUAGCACCAAAACAAUCACUCAGAAAUUAUACUGGAAGAACAAACUUUAGGAAACGCAAUACUUAUGUGGAUCUAAGAAGAAUAGAAGGUGUAGGUGGUCCAAAUUCUGGUAUAGACUCACAGCAGCAUGAUGAAACCUCCAGUCUCUAUCUAAUUGGCAUAUUGGCUUCUGUAAACAUUGCAGUGUUUCUAUUUGAAAUAGCAAGUCCUGUUAGGAAUGCUGAUCUCGAGCUGUUUUCGCUUCCUCUACUAUAUGGAGCAAAGAUAAAUCAUUUGAUCAUGGUCGGAGAAUGGUGGAGGCUUGUAACACCAAUGUUUCUGCAUGCGGGAAUCUUUCACUUGGCUCUCAGUUGUUGGGCUCUUCUAUCAUUCGGGCCUCAAGUUUGCAAAGGCUAUGGUUCAUUUACAUUUUUCAUGAUCUACAUACUGGGUGGAGUUUCUGGAAACUUGACAAGUUUUAUGCAUACACCAGAUCCAGCUGUUGGUGGGACUGGACCUGUAUUUGCAGUAAUUGGUGCUUGGCUCAUGUAUCAAAUUCAAAAUAGAGAUGUUAUUGCAAAUGAUGCUUCAGAGAACCUGUUCCAGAAGGCAAUAAUAAUUACAGCACUUGGCUUCAUCUUAAGUAGCCUUGGUCCUAUUGAUGAGUGGUCACACUUUGGAGCAGCUUUCACAGGCAUGGCAUAUGGGUUUCUAACCAGCCCAGCUCUUCAGUUGGAUGAUACGUCAGGAACUGGUCGAGAAGAAGGGCUCAAACUUGUUAGAAGAAAUGGUGAUUCUUGGAAAUCGCUGAUCAUAUUCACCAUCUUCAUUGCUGUUUUAAGCUCUCUCCCUUUCUUUAUGGAGCCCCCUCUCAGUGCUGACACCUUAGAAUUUAUGUAGAUAUUUGUUUGAUGCACCAUGUCAUCAAUUCAUCUUGUGUCUUCUGAAGAUUUCUCUUGCAGGAAGGUGUUGGAAACUCCCACACAAUGACAUGUACAUUGUAAAUAGGAAAGUAGAGUGAGAAGUGCUUAAGGACAUGAUCACUAAGAUUUGGCAGUUUUGUUUCUAUCUUUAUAAACACUUACAGGGCCACUGUCCUGAAGUUUCAUAUUGCUGAUAUUAAUGUUUAGUGGAAAGUAAUAGAUAUGCAUUAUUAGUUAUUAA